CAAGGGCAACGGCCUCCCCCCCACUUCCCGGGUUAUGCUGGACCGGGCGGUGAGGGGAUCCGAGGCCACCCGGACUUUUCGCGGCUGAAGGCAGCGCUGGUUCCCCGCGGUCAAGAUGCUGCAAAACGUGACUCCCCACAAGCUCCCUGGGGACGGGAAUGCAGGGUUACUGGGGUUGGGCCCAGAGGCAGCAGCUCCAGGAAAAAGGAUUCGAAAGCCUUCUCUGUUGUAUGAGGGAUUUGAGAGCCCUACAAUGGCGUCAGUGCCGGCUUUGCAACUAACCCCUGCCAACCCACCACCCCCUGAAGUAUCCAAUCCCAAAAAGCCAGGACGGGUAACCAACCAGCUGCAAUACCUGCACAAGGUGGUGAUGAAAGCUCUGUGGAAACAUCAGUUUGCGUGGCCAUUUCGGCAGCCUGUAGAUGCUGUCAAACUGGGUCUGCCGGAUUAUCACAAAAUUAUAAAACAGCCUAUGGACAUGGGUACUAUUAAGAGGAGACUUGAAAACAAUUAUUAUUGGGCUGCUUCUGAAUGUAUGCAGGAUUUCAAUACCAUGUUCACCAACUGUUACAUUUACAACAAGCCCACUGAUGAUAUAGUCCUGAUGGCACAGACACUGGAAAAGAUCUUCCUACAGAAGGUGGCAUCAAUGCCUCAAGACGAACAAGAGCUUGUGGUGACCAUCCCUAAGAACAGCCAUAAGAAGGGGGCCAAGUUGGCAGCACUCCAGGGCAGUAUUACCAGUGCCCAUCAGGUGCCUGCUGUCUCUUCUGUGUCACACACAGCCCUAUAUACUCCACCACCUGAGAUACCUACCACUGUCCUCAACAUUCCCCAUCCAUCGGUCAUUUCUUCUCCCCUUCUCAAGUCUCUGCAUUCUGCUGGACCCCCGCUCCUUGCUGUAUCUGCAGCUCCCCCAGCUCAGCCCCUUGCCAAGAAAAAAGGGGUUAAACGAAAAGCAGAUACUACCACCCCUACACCUACAGCCAUCCUGGCUCCUGGUUCCCCAGCCAGCCCUCCUGGGAGUCUUGAGCCUAAAGCAGCACGGCUUCCCCCUAUGCGUAGAGAGAGUGGUCGCCCCAUCAAGCCCCCACGCAAAGACUUGCCUGACUCUCAGCAACAACACCAGAGCUCUAAAAAAGGAAAAUUGUCAGAACAGUUAAAACAUUGCAAUGGCAUUUUGAAGGAGUUGCUCUCUAAGAAGCAUGCAGCCUAUGCCUGGCCUUUCUAUAAACCAGUGGACGCUUCUGCUCUUGGCCUGCAUGACUACCAUGACAUCAUUAAGCACCCCAUGGACCUCAGCACUGUCAAGCGGAAGAUGGAGAACCGUGAUUAUCGGGACGCACAGGAGUUUGCUGCUGACGUGCGGCUUAUGUUCUCCAACUGCUAUAAGUACAACCCCCCAGACCACGAUGUUGUGGCCAUGGCACGAAAGCUGCAGGACGUAUUCGAGUUUCGUUAUGCAAAGAUGCCAGAUGAACCACUGGAACCAGGGCCUUUACCAGUCUCCACUGCUUUGCCCCCUGGGCUGACCAAAUCCUCUUCAGAGUCCUCCAGUGAGGAAAGUAGCAGUGAGAGCUCCUCUGAGGAAGAGGAGGAAGAAGAUGAGGAAGAUGAGGAGGAAGAGGAAGAAAGUGAAAGCUCAGACUCAGAGGAAGAAAGGGCUCAUCGCUUGGCAGAACUACAAGAACAGCUUCGGGCAGUACACGAACAACUUGCUGCCCUGUCCCAGGGCCCGAUAUCUAAGCCUAAGCGAAAGAGAGAGAAAAAGGAGAAAAAGAAGAAACGGAAGACAGAGAAGCAUCGCAGCCGAGCUGGUGUUGAUGAAGAUGACAAGGGGCCUCGGGCAUCCCGCCCUCCUCAACCCAAGAAGUCUAAGAAAGCUAGUGGCAGUGGGAGUGGCAAUGCUGCCACGCUAGGCCCUCCUGGCUUUGGAUCUUCUGGAGGAAGUGGCAACAAGCUACCCAAAAAGGCCACAAAGACAGCUCCACCUGCCCUGCCUACUGGAUACGAUUCAGAGGAGGAAGAAGAAAGUAGGCCCAUGAGUUAUGAUGAGAAACGACAGUUAAGCCUGGAUAUCAACAAAUUACCUGGAGAGAAAUUGGGUCGAGUUGUACAUAUAAUUCAAGCCCGAGAGCCUUCUUUACGGGACUCAAACCCAGAAGAGAUUGAAAUUGAUUUUGAAACACUCAAACCAUCCACACUUAGGGAACUUGAGCGUUAUGUCCUCUCCUGCCUACGAAAGAAACCACGGAAGCCCUAUACCAUUAAGAAACCUGUAGGAAAGACAAAGGAGGAACUAGCUUUGGAGAAAAAGCGGGAACUGGAAAAGAGGUUACAAGAUGUCAGUGGGCAGCUCAAUUCCACCAAGAAGCCUCCCAAGAAAGCGAGUGAGAAAACUGAGUCAACCUCUGCACAGCAAGUAGCAGUGUCUCGUCUCAGUGCUUCCAGCUCCAGCUCAGAUUCCAGCUCCUCCUCUUCAUCUUCCUCUUCUUCAGACACCAGUGACUCGGACUCAGGCUAAGGGGCCAGGCCAGAUGGGGCAGGAAGGCUCCGCAGGACCGGACCCCUGAACUACCCUGCCCCACCCCAUUCCCCCUUGCUGUGACACUUCUUCAUCUCACCUCCCCUCCCCCCUCUGUAGGAGAGCUGGCUCUGCAGGGGGGAGGAAUGCAGGAACAUUCACUGAAGGAGGGAUAUGGACAAAAAAUAAGAUUGGAUUUCCAGCCCCUUUGGGAGUAACCUCUUGGGAGCCCCCUGUUCAGAAUGAUGGGGAUGGGGCAAGGGUACAGGGUGAGAAUGGGCAAAAGCCCCUGGACACAAUGUUACCUGAGGCCAUAGCUGCCCUGUUCACUUCUAAGGGCCCUGUUUUGAGGUUGUUUGUUCUAAUUUAUUUUAAGCUAGGUGAGGCUGUGGGGGAUAUGGUCAUGGUCCCCUUGGCCUCCAUGGGGAGGGAAGAAGGGGGAGCUCUUUUUUUACGUUGACUUUUUUUUUCUACUCUGUUUUCCCUUUUUUCCUUCCGCUCCAUUUGGGGCUCUGGGGGUUUCAGUCAUCUCCCCAUUUGGUCCCCUGGACUGUCUUUGUCUCUUGAUUCUAACUUGUAAAUAAAGAAAAUAUUAUUCAAGU